AUGUUUUCAUUAGCAAGACAUAUUCUCAGCUAUACCAUUUUGAUAUGCACAAUUUACAAUGAUGUAGUAACCACGCAACUGCUGUUUCACAAGUACAAAAUUUUGUAUUCAAGAAAAGUUGAUAAUGCUAAAACAACAGUGUCAUAUGAAGGAGUUCGAGAUAGUGGUGCCAAUACAGUCAGAAUUCGAAACAUAGAAGUUGAAAUGCCUUUCAAACAGGAAACUAGCAGUUUUGCCGAAAUCUCUGAAGGUGGAUAUGGCGAAGAUGAAAUAAUACAAAGACCAAAGCGUGACACGAAAAAAACGAAUACAACAGAACGUGUUAUUUCGGCUGUAGAUAGUAACAGUCUGAAAUUUGUUGAUGGUGAUGAACAAGAUAUUAACCAAACUAUCGUGAACUCUAAUAUUUCUCUUCGUAUCAACUCAACUGAUCCAGAAACAUACACACCAGCAGCUAAAUCAGGAAUGGUAUCUGUAAUUAAUACAGGACUAAUCUCAAAAACAACUUACGACAAAUUGGAGAGAACGGUGAGAUACAUGACCUAUGUAACACAAAUAAUUGCAGUUGUUUUAGUCUGUUUUAACAUUAUUGUGUUUUCAAGACACACCAUGAGGAGUCCCACUAGUUCAUACCUCAUUGCUGUUAACAUAUCUCAGAUAUUCACUAUCGUAAGUGGCUCCUUUUUAACUAUUGCAGGAUUUAUAUUUGGGGACAAAGCUUUUUUCAGUUAUAACUAUUUAUUUAUUGGUCUCUAUAUUUCCAAUUAUUUUACUGUGGCAACUCGAAGAUGUACGUUUGUUCUCACAUGCUUAGUUGCGGCCGAAAGAUUUCUAGCUGUCGCCUUUCCACUGAAAUCUAAACACUUUAAAUUGGUAAGAAAACCUAUAUUGUUUAUUGUAACAAUCGCUGUACUGUCGUUUAUCUUUCAUAUAUUUAGCGUGUUAAAGUAUGACAUAAUCCCAUUUCAAGUCGGCAUCAGUAAUGAAACAUUUUGGAAAUUUCAGUUUACGAAAAGAUUUCUAGAAAAUAAAGCAAACAUGGAAUCUUGGAGUAUUGCCAGUAAAAUAAUUUUUGUUUAUAUUCAAUUAAUUGGAUGUUUAAUUUUAAAUAUUGGAAUUGUUAUUGCUCUUAAACGUCAUAGAAUGAAUAGACUUAGAUUGAAUUCAUCAGAGGAUGUUUCUAAAGUAGCUCAAGAAAAACAAACAACCGUCACAAUACUGGUAUCAACUUUUGUUUUUGUUUUGUUGGCUUUACCAGUGAAUACAAGUUCUGUUGUAGCCAAUCUAAAUCGUAUUAAUUAUGGUAUUAAUACUAAGAAUCACUAUUUAUUUUAUUUUCUAAUGCAUAUUGGUGGAUGGUUCGAAUUACUCAGCGACUGCACUAAUUUUAUGUUUUACAUUGCCUUGAGUUCUCGAUUCAGGAAGACGUUUGCUCAGGUAAUUUGUCGAUGUUUCAGCACACCGUUAGAACGAACAGAAUCUAUCGACUAUAAUUCUACACGAACGUGUCAAUACGGUCUAUCAGUAGUGAGUCAAAGUUCACACUGA